UCAAAAGUUUUUAUUCUAGUGACAACCCUUGAGUAUAAAUAUGCUCCCAGCAUGCAUUGCGGGCAGAAGUUCGCAAAUGGCGUAACGUACAGCUAGUUGAGAAACAAAGCAAAACAAAUCCACCGUCAUCCUCUACUCCGAUGCUAUUUGGCAUCUUCUUUUGCAUCUGUAGUGAUCAUUGAACAGUCCAAGCCAAGACAUCGCUAUGUAUGAUCCAGAAGAAGAGCAGAUGUAUGAGGAUGAAGAUCAUGAUGAUAUCACAGCUGAUUUGUGGCAGGAGGCGUGUUGGAUUGUCAUAUCUUCCUACUUUGACGAAAAGGGUCUCGUACGUCAACAGCUUGAUUCUUUCGAUGAGUUCAUCCAGAUGUCUGUGCAGCGUAUUGUGGAAGACUCCCCUCCCAUAGACCUACAGGCAGAGGCUCAGCAUUCUUCUGGCACCAUUGACAACCCUCCCCGAUAUCUUCUUAAGUUUGAGCAGAUUUACCUGUCCAAACCGACCCAUUGGGAGAAAGAUGGAGCCCCUAGUCCUAUGAUGCCCAAUGAAGCAAGAUUGAGGAAUUUAGUGUAUUCUGCCCCAUUAUAUGUAGACAUCACAAAGACAGUAAUAAAGGAGGGUGAAGACCCUGUUGAGACCCAACAUCAGAAGACAUUCAUAGGCAAAAUACCAAUCAUGUUGAGGUCUACUUACUGCCUAUUGAAUGAACUGACAGAUCGUGAUUUGACAGAGUUGAACGAAUGCCCACUUGAUCCUGGUGGAUAUUUUGUCAUCAAUGGAUCUGAGAAAGUCCUCAUCGCACAAGAGAAAAUGGCAACUAACACAGUGUAUGUGUUCCAACAGAAAGAUUCAAAGUAUGCUUACAAGACAGAAAUUAGGUCAUGUCUAGAACACUCAUCUCGUCCUACCAGUACAUUGUGGGUGAACAUGAUGGCUAGAGGUGGUUCGGGAGUAAAAAAGAGUGCUAUUGGGCAGAGGAUCAUAGGUAUCCUCCCCUAUAUCAGACAGGAAGUACCAAUCAUCAUUGUAUUCAGAGCUCUCGGCUUUGUGUCUGAUAGAGAUAUUCUAGAGCAUAUCAUAUACGACUUUGAUGACCCAGAAAUGAUGGAAAUGGUCAAGCCUUCCCUUGAUGAAGCCUUUGUGAUACAAGAGCAGAAUGUGGCUCUCAACUUCAUUGGAGCCAGGGGUGCCAGGCCAGGUGUAACCAAAGAGAAGAGGAUCAAAUAUGCUAGAGAGGUGCUUCAGAAAGAAAUGUUGCCUCAUGUUGGUGUCAGUGACUUCUGCGAAACAAAGAAGGCAUAUUUCCUUGGAUACAUGGUUCAUCGUCUGUUGCUAGCUGCAUGUGGACGACGAGAGGUUGACGAUCGUGAUCACUAUGGUAACAAGAGACUUGAUUUGGCUGGUCCGUUGUUAGCAUUCUUGUUUAGAGGCUUGUUCCGUAACUUGAUGAAGGAGGUAAGAAUGUACGCUCAGAAGUUCAUAGAUCGUGGUAAAGAUUUUAAUCUCGAGUUGGCUAUCAAGACACGUAUCAUCACUGAUGGUCUCAAAUACUCACUGGCUACUGGCAAUUGGGGUGACCAAAAGAAAGCUCAUGCUGCCAGAGCUGGUGUAUCACAGGUGUUAAACAGACUGACCUUUGCCUCCACAUUGUCUCAUCUGAGACGUCUGAACUCUCCCAUUGGACGUGACGGUAAACUAGCCAGACCUAGGCAGCUUCAUAAUACACUUUGGGGCAUGAUCUGCCCUGCGGAGACCCCUGAGGGUCAAGCUGUAGGCCUGGUAAAGAACUUAGCUCUGAUGGCCUAUAUAUCUGUGGGUUCCCAGCCCUCCCCCAUCUUAGAGUUCUUGGAGGAGUGGAGCAUGGAGAACCUGGAGGAGAUCUCUCCCUCUGGUAUUGCAGAUGCCACAAAGAUCUUUGUGAAUGGUUGCUGGGUUGGUAUCCAUAGAGACCCUGAACAAUUGAUGAGCACACUGAAGAAAUUGCGUAGACAGAUGGACAUCAUUGUAUCUGAGGUUUCUAUGGUGAGAGACAUCAGGGAUCGUGAAAUCCGUAUCUACACAGAUGCUGGACGUAUUUGUCGUCCUCUACUCAUUGUGGAGAAUCAGAAACUCUUACUAAAAAGGUCUCACAUCAACAACCUGAAAGAACGAGAAUACAAUAAUUACAGUUGGCAGGACUUAGUUGCUAGCGGUGUGGUAGAAUACAUAGAUACGCUAGAGGAAGAAUGUAUUAUGGUUGCCAUGACACCCGAUGACCUCCAGGACAAGUCUAGUGCCUAUUGCUCCACCUAUACUCACUGUGAAGCACAUCCUUCAAUGAUCUUGGGUGUUUGUGCUUCCAUUAUUCCAUUCCCAGAUCACAAUCAGUCUCCACGUAACACAUACCAAAGUGCUAUGGGUAAGCAAGCUAUGGGUGUGUAUAUCACAAACUUCCAUGUACGUAUGGACAGUCUUGCAAAUGUCCUCUACUACCCUCAGAAACCUCUGGUCACAACAAGAUCUAUGGAGUACCUCAAGUUCAGAGAGCUCCCUGCAGGAAUCAACACUAUAGUUGCCAUCUCAACAUACACUGGAUACAAUCAGGAAGAUUCUGUUAUCCUCAAUGAGUCAGCUGUAGACAGAGGAUUCUUCAGGUCUGUGUUCUACCGAGCUUACAAAGAUGCUGAGAGUAAGAAGGGAUUUGACCAGGAAGAAGUAUUUGAGAAACCCAACCCAGAUACUGUGCUUGGUAUGAGGCCUUCUAUGUACGACAAGUUAGAAGAUGAUGGAAUCAUAGCACCAGGUAUCCGUGUGUCUGGAGAUGACAUGUUACUAGGGAAGACACUAACUCUACCAGAGCAAGAUGAUGAACUAGAGAGUACUGCAAGGAGAUACACCAAGAAGGAUGCAAGUAUUGGCAUGAGACGCUCUGAGUAUGGUAUAGUAGAUCAAGUGAUGAUCACAAUCAACUCUGAUGGCUACAAAUUCUGUAAGAUUCGUGUACGCACUGUCAAGGUUCCACAGAUUGGAGACAAAUUUGCUAGUCGGCAUGGACAGAAAGGAACUUGUGGAAUACGAUACCGACAGGAGGACAUGCCAUUCACAGUUGAGGGUAUUACCCCAGACAUCAUAGUGAACCCCCACGCUAUCCCUAGUAGAAUGACAAUUGGACAUUUAAUUGAGUGUCUGCAGAGCAAGGUGUCUGCUAACAAGGGAGAGAUUGGAGAUGCUACACCAUUCAAUGACACUGUCAAUGUACAGAAGAUCUCCAAGCUGCUUCAGGAGUAUGGCUAUCAUCAGAGAGGCAAUGAGGUGAUGUACAAUGGUCAUACAGGUAGGAAGAUCGUCUCUCAGGUAUUCCUGGGCCCCACAUACUACCAGCGUCUCAAACAUAUGGUAGAUGACAAGAUACACAGCAGAGCCAGGGGACCUUUACAGAUUCUCAACAGACAGCCUAUGGAGGGGAGAUCUAGGGAUGGUGGUUUACGUUUCGGUGAGAUGGAGCGUGAUUGUCAGAUUGCUCAUGGUGCUGCCCAGUUCUUGAAAGAGAGGUUAUUUGAGGCAUCUGAUGCCUAUAGAGUACAUGUCUGUAAUCUUUGUGGACUGAUAUGUAUUGCCAACCUGCGAAAUCAGACAUUUGAAUGCAGAGGUUGUAAGAACAAAACUCAGAUCUCACAGGUAAAGAUGCCAUAUGCCUGCAAGCUGCUCUUCCAGGAGUUGAUGUCUAUGAGCAUUGCACCCAGGAUGAUGGUAGAAGGGACAGCUAGGAUAUAGGCCAGGUGUACAGUGUGAUGAUCCUCACACCAGGACUUAACUAUAGACCAGCUUGUGGUAAAUGCCAGCUAGGAUAUAUAGGCCAGGUGUACAGUGUG